CUUUUCUUCAAUUAUAUCCUGAAGCUGAGCGGGGUUUUUUAUUGGGAUAGAUCUGGUGACCAGAGUCUAUUUUCUUUUCAUCUUGAUUUUUCUUCAUAAAUGAUCCACUAGUGUUUCAAGCUUUACACUUUUUCCUAUAUCCCCUUUCUUGUUCCUUUCUCGUCUCUCUCUCUCUCUUUUAUUGGAACCAUUUAUACUAUCUGGGUGUAUACUCCAUACUUUCCUCCCCCAAAGAGGGUACAUACAUUAUAUCCACCUACUUAUUUUAUUUAUUUUAUACUACUCCCCUUUUAUUCGUAUACUCCAUAUCUCAUUAAAGCCUAUCAAAAAGCUUGACUCGAGGACUUAGCCGGCGAAAGGAAAAGAUAUUCGAAGACUGAGGAUAAGAAAAGGAAAAAAAAAGUUGAAUAUGCGCUUCUCAGUAGCCCGCCUCCUGGCCACUGCCUUGAUUGGCACUGCCGGCGUUCAGGCAGUUUUCCCUCGGCCCGAAGCAUCUGAGAUCUCGUCAGCAGCAACGCCGUCAUCGACUGCUUCUUCUGCUUCAUCAUCUUCAUCAGUCUGCAACAACUCACCGGUGCUAUGUGACCGCCAUUACAACGACAUCACCUACAUGGGUGCCCAUGACAGCGCCUUUCUCAGAGACGCCAGCACCGGCAACUCUGUCGCCGGCAACCAGUUCAAGAACGCCACAUUCGCCCUCGAUGCUGGACUUCGCUUCCUCCAGGCCCAGGUUCACAAUGAGAACAACACACUUCGCCUGUGCCACACCUCGUGCAGUCUUUUGGAUGCCGGCCCUCUGGAGACGUGGCUCGCGGCCAUCAACGACUGGGUGGUUGGCCAUCCCUCGGAUGUCAUUACUCUUUUGCUGGUGAACUCUGAUGACGCAGACGUGUCCAAGUUUGCAGACGCUUUCGAGAAGUCGGGCAUUGACAAGUUUGGAUUCACUCCGACCUCCAAGACCGCGUGGCCUAGCCUGGCGCAAAUGAUUGCCAAUGACACCCGAGUCGUGUCUUUCAUCACCAACAUCGAUUCGUCUGCUGCCAGCCCACACCUCUUGCCCGAGUUCAACUACAUCUUCGAGACUCCCUUUACCGUCCUCGAGCUUGACGGCUUCAACUGCACCGUCGACCGACCCUCUAAUGCCGGCCCUGCUUCCAACGCAUUCUCAAAGGGACUCAUGGGCCUUGUCAACCACUUCAAAGACCAGGUAGUCACUGGAUCCAUCAUCAUCCCCGACACGACCAACAUCAACCUCGUUAACAGCGCCGCCACCAACGCCACCGGAAACCUGGGCCUGCACAUCCAGCAAUGCAACCAGGAAUGGAGCCACCGCCCCAGCUUCGUCCUUGUCGAUUUCUGGGACCAGGGAUCCACAGUCAAGGCCGCGGACAACAGCAACGGAAUCAGCGAUGCCACUGGCCGGACCAGUGUCGCCAGCAACUCGAGCGGCUCGUCUUCCGCAGACGGUGUGAGUUCGACGCGAGAGCUCGGAACGGGAGCUCUGAUUGCCUUCUUUGCGGCGACACUGUUGAUGAUUUAAAGAGGCUGCUUUUUUUUUUUUCCCGUUCUCGACUCGUAUUAGUUAAAUAUGAAAGAGAGAACGAAACUAGAAGCAUUCGAUUUUUUUUCUUCACAAAGCAUACAUAUUCUGGCAUUUUAGCGAGGCGUUUUUAAGGCAACCUAGACUGCGACAUAUGGGGUUUUAAGAAAAAAAAAAAAGAAAGGAAGGAAAAAGGAGGAAAUAAACUUCGCUUUCUGGGGGUUUUUAAGAUAUAGUAUUCAAUCAUUCACUACUAGAUUUUGCAUAGAUAUUGGUAAU